GGCCUUGGAGGCCGAUGAGGCAGCCAUCUUUUUUUGGUUAUGUUGUUUCAGUUCCGCUCUUCACGACCCAUUCAAAGCUCUGAGAUCUCAAAAUACUUCACGGAGGAGGAGAAAACAGGCCCACUCUGCCUUCCUAGGACUCUGUUUCCGAAGAAGGAAAAAGAAAAAAUGAGCAUGUUCAAGGAGGCAGUGACGUUCAAGGACGUGGCUGUGGCCUUCACCGAGGAGGAGCUGGGGCUGCUGGACUCCGCCCAGAGGAAGCUGUACCAGGAUGUGAUGCUGGAGAACUUCAGGAACCUGGUCUCAGUGGGAUAUCAAUAUUUCAGACAAGAUAUAUCAUAAAUAGAAAGAGAAGAGAGGCUUUGGAUGAUGAAGACAUCACCCCAGAUAGAGAAAAAAUUAGGUAAAAACUAGCAAUUGUGAGUUCUCGUAGUUAACUGUCCAUCUGUUUUGUUUCUCGCCACCACUAGGGCCUCACGCAGUCCAAUCUGCCAAAUCUCUCCUGGAUUAUUGCAGCAGCCUUCAUACUGGUUGCCCGCUUCCACCUGUGCCCUUCUAUGGUCUGUUCUCUGAGUGGCAGCCAGAAUGAUCCUUUGUAAUCUUAAAUCAGAUUAUCUUAUUCCUCUGCUCAAUAUUCUCUUAUGGCUUAUGUUACUUAGAGUAAAACCCACGUAAAGUGGCUUCUAGGGGCCUCUGUGGUCUGCCGUUUGUCCCCCAGUGCCUCUGAGUACAUCUCCAAUCCUCUCCCUCUUACUGUUUUUUCCAUCUGCAUUGUCCUGCUGUUUCUCAGACCUGCCAAGGAUGCUUCUGCCUCAGAUACCUUUACUUGUUCUCUCUGCCUGGAAUAUUCUUUCAUCUACAAUCCUUCAGGCCCCUUCUUUACUUCGGGUCACUCGGUUUUAAUGUCCUGAAAGGGCUGUCCUCUGACAACCCUUUUGGAAAUAUGAUCCCCUCUUUACUUUCAGUGCUCAGCCUGAUUUUGUAUCUAAGCAUUGAUCAUUCAACCUCACAUGUAUUUUUGAUCACUCAUUUAUCGCCUUUCUCCCCGCAGUGAAGGAUUGAAGGAAUUUCCAGGAUUGAAGUAAUUUUGUCUUUUUGUUUGUUUUUCUGUCCUCGGUGCUUAGAAUCGUCCUGGUACCUGCAAGGGCUCUGUAGAUAUUUGUUGAAUAAGUGAAUGAGGUAGCGAACAGAGAAAUCUGUCUUUCAUGAAAUAGCUAAUAGGUGGUGAACAAAUCUAAAUAAGGAAUAUUGCAAAACUUGUUUGUCUUCACAUGAAUUUCUAACCUAGUUCUAAUUCUCAGGCGCCCAUUGGUGUGUGUGGGUGUGCGUGCGCACAACUUACUAUCUAAUUAGGUCGGUGCAGACCUGUAACAUUGUAGUUUAACCAAACUGAGUAACAAGCUUCCCCUGUGACUUUCUUUGAGCCAUUUAGUAGCAGAGCAUAUUCAUUUGCAGGGAGGUAAUAUUUCUUUGAAUCAGAAUUCUUAUGUCCAAUUCUUAGGAACUUUCCCCACAGAAGGAAAAAAAAAUCUAUUUCCUUAUCACUUAUGUGUAGGUUUUUAUGUAUGACUUUAGAAAGCAUUUCAUGUCGUGAAACCUUUACUGCUUGUAAUGAUUUUCUGAUAGGUUCUAGUCUGUUUCUUGUAACUACUUAACCACAAGCUACUGAAUUUAUUUCACAGCUGUCUAAUAAACUGCACCCUCACUUUGGAAAUCAUA